AUGGCUGAGACACACGGCGACUGUGAACCCGUAUUCAACUCGGUCCGCGAACUCCUGGCACAGCAAAUCGCGAAUGAAUCCGAACUUGGUGCAUCUAUCUGCGUCAACAUCGACGGAAAGAAUGUCCUGGACAUCUGGGGUGGCCAUUUAGAUUCCGAGCGCACCAAGCCAUGGGACAAGGAUACCCUGGCGGCCGUUUGGUCCUGCUCCAAAGUCGUCACCAACCUGGCAGCUCUGAUACUUGUCGACCGCGGCCUGCUCGAUCCGAACGAGAAGGUCUCCAAAUACUGGCCGGAGUUCGCGGCAAACGGAAAGGAAAACGUUAAGGUGUCCCACAUCCUGAGCCAUUCUUCCGGUGUGGCGGGCUGGGAACCGGUCAUCACUUGGGAAGAAGUCUACGACACGAAGAAAUCAACGGAGUGGCUUGCGAAGCAGCCUCUCUGGUGGACUCCUGGUGAGCGCAACGGAUAUCACCUCACGAACCAAGGCCAUCUAAUAGGCGAGAUCAUCCGACGCAUUAGCGGGAAAUCGCUAAAGCAGUUUAUCGCUGAUGAAAUUACUGGUCCUUUGGGCGCGGACUUUAGCCUUGGAGUCCCGGAGAAGGAUUGGCCUCGCACGGCUGAGCAGAUUCCUCCCGUCACACGUUCUACGGACGGCCCGGAACCCACAAGUGUCGCAGCGAAGGCGUACGCAGGGCCAGCUUUCAGGGCCGAGGAAUGCAUGACGCCCGGAUUCAGAGGCGCUGAGAUCGGUGCGGCCAAUGGCUUCGGUAAUGCACGUUCCAUGGCUCGUAUUGGCUCGAUGGUUUCCUUGAAUGGUAUCGUCGAUGGCAAGCGGUACCUCUCGCCGGACGUUAUUAACCGCCUGCUUGAGGAGCAAGUCAGCGGGGUGGAUCUAGUAUUGGGGCAAUUCUUCCGUUUCGGUCUUGGUGUCGGGCUCUCUAUGCCUCAGACUGUUCCUUGGAUCCCAGAGGGUCGCGUUUGCUUCUGGGGUGGCUGGGGUGGUUCGAUGAUUAUCAUGGAUCUCGAUCGUCGGAUGACCAUUGGCUAUGCUAUGAACAAGAUGAGUGCGGGCACUUUGGGCAAUGCAAACACCGAGCUCUUCGUGAGGGAGAUUUACAAGAUCGUGGAUUCACUUUAG